AUUUCAUAGAGUUAAUGUUAUAUUGUUAUCUCUAUCAAACUUAAGAAAAAGUAUUGAAAAGAAAAAAAACGUACCUUUUAUAUACCACAAGUUCAGUUUUCCUCGGUUUUUUGAAGUAUUGUAAGCGUAACGCCAAGUUGAGUUUCUUCUUUAAGGGGAGCUUUCCAUAAUAAAUUGAGAAAAAGGUGAACACGCCACUUGGUUUAAAUUCUUGUACUGUAAAGGAAUAUUAAAAUAAAGAAAAUGUCGGAGCGUGAAAAUAAUGUAUAUAAAGCUAAGUUAGCUGAACAAGCUGAACGCUACGAUGAAAUGGUGGAUGCAAUGAAAAAAGUCGCGUCAAUGGAUGUUGAAUUAACGGUUGAGGAACGUAAUCUGUUAUCGGUUGCGUACAAAAAUGUUAUUGGAGCCAGGCGGGCGUCAUGGCGCAUUAUUACUUCAAUUGAACAAAAAGAAGAAAAUAAAGGAGCUGAAGAAAAACUAGAGAUGAUUAAAAACUAUCGCGGUCAAGUUGAGAAAGAAUUACGUGACAUAUGUUCAGAUAUAUUAAGUGUGUUGGAAAAACAUUUGAUUCCAUGUGCAACAUCUGGUGAAAGUAAAGUAUUCUAUUACAAAAUGAAAGGCGAUUAUCAUCGCUAUUUGGCCGAAUUCGCUACUGGAACAGAUCGGAAAGAUGCAGCUGAACAUUCUUUAGUCGCUUAUAAAGCAGCUAGUGAUAUUGCUAUGACUGAUCUUCCACCAACGCAUCCAAUUCGGUUGGGACUAGCUUUGAAUUUUUCUGUUUUCUAUUAUGAAAUAUUAAACUCUCCUGACCGUGCCUGCCGAUUAGCUAAAGCUGCAUUUGAUGACGCGAUUGCCGAACUUGAUACACUUAGUGAAGAAAGUUAUAAAGAUUCAACUCUAAUUAUGCAGUUAUUACGAGAUAAUUUAACACUGUGGACAUCCGACAUGCAAGCAGACGGCGAAGGAGAGCAAAAAGAACAAAUCCAGGAUGUUGAAGAUCAGGAUGUGUCGUAAUUUAGUCAAGUGUGAAUAUAAACAGAUUAAACAAAAAAUAAAAAAAAAACAUUAACUUUAACAUUUAAAAAUUAUGCAGUAAAAAAAUUAAAAAACAUCAUUAAGAAGAAUAAGGAAUAUUAAAAAGUACUUUAAUUUUAAGAUAUGUAAUAAUUAAAUUAAAAGUAAUAAUUAAAAAAAAAACAAAUACAUGAGGAUAUAAAUUAUAAGUGUAUUGUUUCGUCUUUACAUUAUAAAGUUUACAUAUAUUUACGCAAAAAUAAAUAAAAAUCAACCUAUCAAUCAAAAAUUAAGAUCUAUGCAAAUUCCCUUAUAAUUUAAAGAAAAAACUGAAAAUGAAAAAAUACUGUUUAAUUAUGAAUUUAUACUUUUUUAUUUAACAUUAAUUUCUGUUUAAAUUUGUGUAACAAAUAAUGAUUAAUAAUUUUUAAUUUUUAAAGAGAGAAGCGCAAAGUAAUAUUUUGCAUAAAUAGAAAAAGAAACAUGUUUUUUUAAAAUAUAUAAUUGACUUUUUUUUUACGCUUUUUUAGAUUCCUUUUCAUACAUAUGUAUAUACAAAAAUAAAUAUAAAUUUAUAUACAUAUAUGUGUAUAUAUUUAUAUAUUGCAUCUAAAUACAUUAUGUAUGUAUUUAUUUAAUAAAACAUAUAUAUAUAUAUAUAUAUAUAUAUAUAUAUAUAUAUAUGUAUAAAUUUAUUUAUAUAUAUAUAUAUAUAUGUUUCGUGUAUAUAUAUUACAUAUAUAUAUUCAUAUAUAUUUAUGUGUUACAUCUAUACGCAUUCUAUAUGUAUUCUAUUUAAUAAAUAGAUAUGUAUUCAUUAUACAAAUAACUUUUUUUUAUUUUAUGUGGUUUCUUCAACUUCCCAUUUUCGAUAUAUUGUUCUUUAAGAGAAGACAAUGAAUUUAAAUCUCAAGAGAUUUUAAUAUUGAUCAAACUAAAACAAAAAAAAAUAGAAUUAAAAUUAAUAUAUGUAAUUAAAAGAUAAAAUAAACAGACAAAAAAAAAAAUACUUAAAAUAUCUAACAAUUUUAUUUUUGAUUUGUGUAGAACAAAUAAAAACGUCAUACUUUCAACUUAACUCAUGUUUUUGAUAUUUUAAUAAGAAAUUCAUAGCAAAUAAAAAAAUUAAAAUGCUUCAAAACUUGGGCGGUAUCUAAUUUAAUAGAUAAGAUAUUUGUAAACACUAUAAUAUAUUUAAAAUAAAUUAUUAAUUUGAGUUUAAAUACAUCAUAUAUUAUGUAGAAUUUAAUAAGAAUUUUCCAAAGUGAAUUUUAAUUUUUAUUCGAGAUUUUCUUUAUUUUUAUUUAAGUUGCUUUUUCAAAACUGAAUUAGUGUAACGUAGGGAAAUGAAUUCAAUCGUAUAAAAAAUAUUGUAUUAAUUAAAUAAUGUUCACACUUUUUAUUGACAAAUAAGCGAGCAACCAAAAAAAUUUUGUCAAGUUCACUAAUUUUUCUCAUACAAUAUAUAUUUAUAUAUAAAGAUAUGUACUUUCGCAAUUAAAUAAAAACAUCCUAAAUACAAAAUAACACAAAACUAAAAAAGGUAUGUUUGUUUCUUGUUUUUUUUAAUAUUAUAUUUAUUUUUUUUAAUUUUACAUUGUUUUCCUUUUUUUUAUACAUUUGGAGCAAUUUAUAAACGUUAAAUUGUAUCAAGAGAAGUAGGAAUAACUUGUGGAGACCAUAGAAAAAUAAUGGGGAUUUACAAAACCUUGGAUUGUUUAUCAUUAAUUAUUAAAGAAGCUUUUAAUUUUAAAUUUGUUUUUGAUACGCAUAUUUAUUGAAUUUUUAAACGAUAAUAUAUUUGUAAUAAAUUCAAAAUGACUGUCAAAAAUCAGUGUUUGUGUACGCGAAACCGUAGCAAUAAUUAACCGUAUACUGAAUGCAUUGUUGUUGGUUUCAUUGAUGUAGUAAGAACACAAAAAUACAAGCGUUGACUUAUAAUAUUGUUUCAAAAAAAUAAUAAAAAUUCCUAAUUUUUAUGAACGUCAUUGUAUAACCAAAAUAAAAUAAAUAAUAAAAUUCAAAUAUAUUAUACUUAGAGAAUUAAGAAAAUUUGAAUAGUGCUUUUUAAGAUUAAAUAUUUUAAAAAAAUUAAAAUUUAAUUUAAUUGAAGCUUAAUAAAGAUUGAAAACCAUCCUGCACAAAUUUGAAGAACCGCAUUUAAUUUAAAAAACCUGUUUUGUGCUAUAUACCAGUUGUAAAAUAGUUAUGACUUAUAAGACAAUAAAAACAUUUAAUUAAAAAUUAGUAAUAAAUAAGAUCAACAACAAUGUUUCUAUAAAAUCUCAAUUGUAUUCAAAGUUGAUUGCAGCUGUCAACAAAUUUAACUGAUAAACUGAAUUUAACACUGAUUUCAGAUCUAUUUACUUGUUAUCAUUCCACUGGAUUGGAAGGUUGAUGCUUCUUAAUUUCGGAUUUGAUGGUUUGAUGAAUAUUAGAAUUAGAGCAUAAGUUUCAGAUAAAUUGACGAAUGUAGAAAAAAUAAAAUAAAGGCUUCAAAAUAAUUUUGGGUGUUUUUGAAAUUAGUUAUUAAAAUUAGAAGUCUAAAAUUUCUAAAUGAAGUUUUCGAAAUUGCAAUUUUAUCUUCAAGAUAUUUCCAGUAUUCAAAGGACUAAUGAUACUAGUUUAAUUUACACAUAAUUUUUAACUCUUAACAUUUACUUAUACAUAUUUUUACAGCCUUUAAAUAAAAUAUUGAAAACCAAAACAAAUCUUCGUUAUGAAUCAAUGUAAAAUAAAAGAAAAGUACCAGUCACCUAAAAUUUAAAACAAUAGAAAAAUAAAAAUAUGCUUAAGCAAUUUUUACUUAACAGUCGCAAAAACUUAGUGAUUUGAAGGAAUUCCUUAAAUCGUAAUUUUUUAUAUCAAAUUUCUAUUAAAUGUAUUUAACAGUAAAAAUGAGCCUAUAAGGAAAAAAGUAUACAAAACAUCAGAUAAUUUAGUAAAAUAUUGUGAAAUACAUAUUGUUUAAUUGGGAAAAUUGCAUGUCAAAAAUACAUACAUACAUAUAAAUUCUUCCAGAUGCAUAGUUAAAAUUAAAUUAAUAAAAGUCAUAUUUUAAUAACUAAUAUAAGAGAGCUUCGAUUUUUUUUUUUAACUUUGAUUAUGGUUUUUGAUUUGAUUUUGUUUUUAACUAACAAAAAAUUUCGAUUCAAAAACUAGUAACUGCAUAAAUUGAGUGCACAAUACGUAAUGUAUUUAAUGAAAUGAUAAAUAAAAAAAGGCUUUUUGUCAAACAGCAUAAGUUCACAACAGAAAAAGAGAAGUGUUUUUGAUAAUACAGUCGUAACUUGCUACUAAGUUAGAAUUUUGCGGAACUACUUUUGUAAGCUCGGAUUUUAAAGCAAUACAGCGCAAUUUUGCAGUUUAAAUUUUAUUGCUCAUUAAACUUUUUCAGAAAAGAUUAUAAUUGGAACUUAGGCAGGAGCAUAUACAUACAUGUGUAUUAUUGUUCAAAUUAUGUGAGUCCUAAAUUAGAAAUCAUGUGGUAUAAACUGUAUUAUCAAAAACACGUAAGUUGAAUAAUUAUAUGAAAACAAAGUACAUUUACACAUGUUCAAAAAAGUAGAAUUAUUUUUCAUAUUAAUUUAUGUUAUCUCUUUUGUAAACUUUUGGGAAUUAAAUAUGUAUAGCAAAAUUGUUUUAAUAUGUUUAUACGUUAAUUUGAUUAUACUUAUUGUAAAAAGAAUUGUAAUUUGCGGAAAAUUUCUAUUUGAAAGUAAAAAUUGCAUAGUUUAUUUGAUCAAAUAAUAAAAACACUAUAUAAAUGUA